AUGCCUGAUUUCGAUAUCAGUUGGUCUCGAGUCUUACAUACUUUUGUUCUUUCAACAUAAUAUUUUCUAGAACUCAUCAUAUAUCAGGCAUGGCGGUCAUUAUGUUUUCCAAUCGCCCUACUAUCCACGUAUUAGUCGUGUCGCGUGAGUAGUCUUCCACUCAGGGGCAGGCAUGACGAAGACAUACGAUAUGGUACGGAUACCGAAUAAAGUAAAGCUCAUUAUAGGAAGACUUUGGCAAAGAACACUGCCGUGUUAGGAACAUUCAUUUUACAUCGACUGUGAGACAUGGGGCCCCUUGACCGUGGGAUGUCGCAGGAUUCUUUGUCUUCAAGCUGCUAGCUAGCUCUGUAGGGUAGGGCACAAGCCACGCUCACAUCACGUUCACAUUUGUUCAAAGUAGUUCUAAGCAGUAACGUACCUUGUUGUCAAUUAUUUUCAAAAACUCUUGCUAAUUUCUCUGCUGGCCAUAGUCUUGAUGUUGUGUCACAUUUUGUUCAAGACAUCAUAAUUGAGGUUCUUGAGGUGCGUGACAGAACAACGCCAACUUCAAUAAUAGGCCUCCAAUCUUUGUUCCCGAGUACUCCGAACACUAACAAAGGCCCUACGUCAAUAAUUGAUCCAUCCACUCUCCAUCCGCGGGAACCGGAGUCUUGCAAGCUCCGAACACACCUUGAGCAUCAACAGACUAUUAUAUUUUAUUACGCUCGUACCAUCCUGUGAAAAAUCCGAACGAUUCAUAUCUUCAUGGUCAUUCCUUGAGGCCUGUCAGUGGAUUGUUUUUGCUUUGUACCUGCAAAGCAACGUCGAGGAUCUGUGGAGCCAAUACGACGCCAAGAAAGGGUGUCCCGCAUUCUAAAAAUCCCCAUAAACGACGACAUUGAUUUACCUACCAACUUUGGUUUUUGCGGCGUAUGUGUACGCGUUUGCAAAUCUGACAUACCCUUUACCUAUGAGGACUCAACUGGGACGGAACCUAUGCUCGUAUAGCCCUCUUAAAUACUCCUUUCAGCCACUUUCGCGCCACCUCCAGCUACGGUCAUCUGUCCUUUCUUCCAGCUUACUGAGACUACCCCUUACCAACUCACGAGGAACCCCUGCAUCUGCUAGGAGUAUCGCUUCUGCGAGAUAUCUCACAGGUUCAAGGAACCUCACUCACUCAAUUGUCAUCAAACGGACAUUAUACAGCAAAACCGGCUCAAAUCCAAGUAGCAAACUUCCCCUUGAGGCCAACUCGCUUUACUCGGUUGUUGUAGCUGCAGCAAUCAUUACGGCUGUUGUUGCUAUAUCAGCUUGGCCUGCAGGAAGCCCCAGCAACCAAACCCCACCAGAAGAGUUCGAAGAAGAGUUCGAGAUCAUGUCUUUCCAAUCACCCCCUGGGCGCCCGGGGAACCUGACUCCUGAGCAAGAGGAGAAGCUUCGUAAGCUAUGGACUGCUGUCUUCCAACUCACUGGCGUGGCCGAUGACGAGAGCGCUGGUGCCAACCUCUUGCCCCAAAAGGAGGAGGCGAGUCCAGCAGAGGCUGAUCCGAAGAAGAAGCGAGGAUUUGGCAUGUUCAAGAAAGGCAAAUCUGGUACUUCGACACCAACUGAAGGUUCCGCUGAAGAGGACAAGUACAAUGAAACCAAACAAUUCCAUGAGACUUUGGCCAACGAGUCCCCUGAAACAAUUCGACACACGAUAUGGUCUAUGGUGAAGCACGAUCACCCUGAUGCCCUUGUUCUACGCUUUCUCAGAGCACGAAAGUGGGAUGUCGAGAAGGCUCUCGUCAUGUUGGUAUCCACUAUGCAUUGGAGGCAUAAUGACAUGAAGGUGGACUCUGAAAUCAUGAAGAACGGAGAUGCCUUUGCGGUUGAGGAUGAGAAGACCGACUCUCCUACCAAGCAAGUUAGCGCCGACAUGAUGAAGCAACUCCGAAUGGGCAAAAGUUUCCUGCACGGCACUGACAAGCAAGGCCGACCUAUCUGUGUUGUCCGGGUUCGCCUGCACAAGGCUGGGCAAGAGUGCGAAGAAAGCUUGGAAAAGUACACAGUCUACAUUAUUGAGACAGCUCGCAUGACACUCCAGCCUCCUGUUGAUACAGCUUGCAUCGUUUUCGACAUGACUGGCUUCUCUAUGGCCAACAUGGACUACACACCUGUUAAGUUCAUGAUUAAGUGCUUCGAGGCCAACUAUCCCGAGUCUCUAGGUGCUGUCCUGGUGCACAAAGCUCCCUGGCUUUUCCAAGGUAUCUGGAAGGUCAUCCGUGGCUGGCUUGACCCUGUGGUGGCAGCCAAGGUUCACUUCACCAACAACCGGGCUGAACUCGAGGAGUUCAUCGCUCCAGACCAUCUGAUCAAGGAGCUUGAAGGCGAUGAGAACUGGGAGUACAAGUACAUCGAGCCUAUUGCUGGCGAAAAUGAUAAGAUGAAGGAUACGCAAACCCGGGAUCGUCUUUUGACUGACCGUGAAGAGUUGGUCAAGAAAUUCGAGCAUACAACUAGGGAAUGGAUCCGUCAUCCUGAUGGUGAGCAGGGCAAACAACUCAAGGCUGAGCGAGAGAAGAUUGCCAAACUUCUCAGGGAGGAUUACUGGAAUCUCGACCCAUACAUCCGAGCACGAACACUCUACGACAGACAGGGUGCGAUACAGAGCGAUGGCAAGACUGACUGGUACUCGCUCAAGCCACUGGCGGCUGCGGGAGCCAGCACUUCUGCUGAUGACCUAGACUAGACGAGACGUAUGAAGCACAAAAGGGACUUGGAUUGUAGAUAAUCAGGUUGAUUUGGCGGGCGCAGGAUGGUACCUGGUAACCGGACAAUAAUACUAGAAGGGCUCUUCAUGAACCAGUUCCCCAAUCUCCCAAUCGGACACUAUCGCAUAUGCGUAUAUCGAAGCUCUUUAGAUCUUGGCCUUGAGCUCCUCGCAGUAAGCCUUGAGCUGCUCCAUAUCAGCAGGCUUUGUAGGCCAUUUGACGCCGAGGCCCUCGGUCUCGUUAGGCUUAGGGAUCUGAAUACUUGUUAGCUGUAGCUCAACGAUAAUUCAGGCUUAAUCAUG